AUGACAAGUGUGAUUUAUACAUUAUAUGAUAAAUUAACACGAAAAAAAACUUAUGAUACUACUACAUUACAUGUUUCUGAAUUAAGACGAUGUUUAACUGUAUUCGAUUUAACUAUUUUGGGUAUUGGAUCGACACUUGGAACAGGUAUUUAUAUUCUUACUGGUCAAGUAGCUCAUGAAACAGCAGGUCCAUCUGUGAUCCUUAGUUUUCUUAUCGCAGCUAUUGCUUCAGUUCUUGCUGGUCUUUGUUAUGCUGAAUUUGGUGCACGAGCACCACGUGCUGGGAGUGCCUAUACAUAUACAUAUGUUAGUGUAGGAGAAAUUAUGGCGUAUAUUAUUGGUUGGAAUAUGAUCUUAGAAUAUAUUAUAGGUGCCGCUAGUACAGCACGAGCAUUAAGUUCUUAUUUUGAUUCUCUAAUUAAUUUUGCAAUGAGAACCUAUUUUAUACAACAUUUACCAUUACAUUCUGGAAUAUUUUCAGAAUAUGCAGAUUUAUUUGCUAUGGGUUUAUGUCUUGUUAUAACUCUUCUUUUGGUGAUUGGUAUUAAAGAAUCAGCAGUAUUAAAUAAUAUUCUUACAGCUGUUAAUCUUACUGUUAUUGUUACUGUUGUUAUUGCUGGUUUAACUGUAGUUAAUAAACAUAAUUGGAAUAUUUCACCAAAUGAAGUAGAAAAUAUAACCAAUAGUACAAAGAUUAUUGGUAAAGGUGGAUUUUUUCCAUUUGGUUUUGAAGGAACAUUAGCUGGUGCAGCAACAUGUUUUUAUGCUUUUGUUGGUUUUGAUCUUGUUGCAACAACUGGUGAAGAAACUAAAAAUCCACAACGAGCUAUUCCAAUGUCUAUUUGUUUAACAUUACUUAUUUGUACAAUAGCUUAUUGUGCUGUAUCAAUUGUUGUUACAUUAAUGGUUCCAUAUUAUCUAAUCAAUCCUGAUGCUGUUCUACCUGAAGCUUUUCAAUAUGUUCAUUUACCAACCUUUAAAUAUAUAAUCGGUGUUGGUGCAUUAGCUGGUAUUUUUACCGCAUUACUUGGUUCUCUUUUACCUUUACCACGUGUAUUAUAUGCAAUAGCUAGUGAUGGAUUAAUAUUUCGUUUUAUAGCUUGGAUACAUCCACGGUUACAAACACCAAUGGUAGCAACAGUUCUUGGUGGUAUUGUAGCAUCAAUCAUGGCAUUACUAUUUGAUUUAAAAAAAUUAGUUGAAAUGAUGUCAAUUGGAACAUUACUUGCUUAUUCACUUGUAUCAGUAUCUGUUUUAUUUUUACGUUAUCAACUUAAUGAGAAUCAAUUAGUAAAUAAUGAUGAACGAGCUGUACAAUCAAUUUAUACACAAUUAUUUAAACCAUUUCGAUUACAUCCAACGAUUGUAUCAGCAAGAUUAACUAAAUAUCUUAUUACUUGUUUAAUUAUUAAUGGUUUUAUUCUUUCUGCUAUACAAAUAUUUGCUCAACAUCGUCUUGAAGAAAAAGAUCCAAUAGCAAUAAUUUUUCUUAUAAUUUUUCUUCUAACAGAAAUCUUUUUUAUUGUUGCAAUUGCACGACAACCAAAAAAUGCAAAAUCACUUUAUUUUGAAACUCCAUGUAUACCUUACGUACCUAUAUUGAGUAUAUUAAUUAAUACAUAUUUAAUUCUCAAAUUAUCACCAGCAACAUGGAUUCGAUUUGGUGUAUGGAUGUUUCUUGGUUUUCUCAUUUAUGGUUUCUAUGGUUUUUGGCAUAGUUCACAACGAUUUGUUAAUGAUACACAACGACUUCUUUCCGAUAGUAGAUCAUCAUUAGAUAAUUCUUAA